UAUCAGUAUGCUAGUACAGGUCGCUUUCUGCUACCGUACUUACGCUAAAUUCCAGUUUGGAACACGGCAUCCGAAUGUUACCAAUCCGAGUUCCGUAUAUUACACCCAGAAAUAUCAACGACAACGCGACGGCUUUAGAUGAACAAUGCCUCAGCUCUGCAUACCGAGCUGCUAGUGACAACACUUGAGAGAGGAGUGGCGGAUUGCCUCGCAGAACCAUGGUCCCACCAGCCGUCGCCCGUCUCUCACGGGUGUGGUUUCCAAGCGGUGGUAUCGCCGGGUCUGGUGUUGAAGAUGCUCAUGCGAAGUUGAUCCGGGCCGGCUUCCUGCGCCAAUCGCACGCCGGAAUGUUCCACAUGCUGCCCCUGGGCCGGCGGGUUCAGGACAAGGUCGAGAGGCUUGUCGCAGGCCACAUGGAGGAUCUGUUGGCGGCGUCUAGAGUUACACUGUCCUCCAUAUCUGCCGAGACCCUCUGGGAGAAGAGCGGUCGGUUGCAGAACGUUGCGUCUGAACUGUUCAGGUUUCCUGACCGCCGUGGGGUGCCUUACUUGCUGGCUCCCACGCACGAGGAGGAGAUCACCACGCUCGUAGCCCGGACAGUCAAGUCGUAUAAGGAGCUUCCACUCCGGCUGUACCAGAUCACACGCAAGUACCGCGACGAAUUGCGUCCGCGGCACGGCCUCCUCCGUGGACGAGAGUUCGUCAUGAAGGACUUGUACACCUUUGAUAACAGCAUCGAGUCGGCCCUUGAAACGUAUGACAAAGUGCGUGCUGUAUACGCCAGGAUAUUCGCCGACAUGAAACUCCCCGUCUUGGCGGCCCGAGCCAGCUCCGGUGAUAUGGGGGGGGACCUGAGCCACGAGUAUCACCUACCCACGCGGCUCGGUGAAGAUUACAUCGUCAGCUGCGGCAGCUGUGACUACGUGGUCAACGAGGAGAUAGCCGAGUCGGCCGUCUCUGACGAGGCCCCCUCUGGUACCCCUUACCAAGUCUGGCGCGGCAUCACCAAGGACAGGGCCAAGCUUGUCAAUGUAUGGUACCCGAGGUGGACCAGACCAGUGGACGGUGGUGAGUUACGCGAGUUUACGGAUCAGGACAUCAACCUGUCCGCAGUCAAGUCCGUGGUUCCUGAUUUGGACGCCGGGGUGGAAGAUGCUCUACCCUUCUGGGCAACCGCCACAGCAGCUGAGACGGGAACAGCAACGGAAGUGGUUAAUGUCGUGGACGGCCGUCUCCUGGCGUCCUUGGGCAGUGCCUCGGUGAGCUCAGCCACGGCUAUCUCUAGCUGGCCAGCAGCCCUGCAUCCGCCAACAAGCCCGUUAGCUACCUCCUACCAUCAUAGCACAGGAGGCAGCAAUAAGCCACUCAACCUCCUAAGGAUCCGCACCGGCGAUAAGUGUCCUCAGUGUUACACGGGCCAUUUGAAGGUGGAAAGGGCAAUGGAACUUGGACAUACCUUCUUCCUGGGGACGAGGUACACAGAGCCCUUGGGAGCCAUGACCUCGCUGCCCACGGCUAGGCAACCGUCGCCCAUGCAGAUGGGGUGCUACGGAAUUGGCAUCUCCCGCGUCGUCGGCGCCGUGGCUGAACAUCUGGCCGACAGCACGGGCCUGAACUGGCCUGUCGCCAUAGCCCCGUACUCGUGUGUCAUUAUACCUGGGAAGGACGCUGACGAGGGUGAUGCCAUGGAAGUUCACAGCCAGAUCAACAACGGCGCCGGUCUCACCAACGCUUUCCUGGAUGUUGCCCUUGACGACAGGCAAAAGCCUUUGCCAUGGAAGCUGACCGAUGCAGAUCUCAUUGGCUUCCCAGUGAUCGUCCUGCUCGGCAAGGAGUGGCGUGUGGCCAGGCGGGUUGAGGUGCAGAGCCGCAGGCUGGGGCUGAAGCAGGCAGUUGAAAUGGCGGACUUGCCCGGCAUGAUACAACAAUUGCAUGCGUCACUGUAGCGGUCAGGAGAGGUGAUCAAGGGAGACGCCAAGUGUAGGAUUACGGCUAGACGGAUAGAGUUUGUGUGUAUUUUCAUGGUGCAUCGACUGACUUAGCCUAGCAUGCACAUUAGCUUCUUGGUUCAAUAGUACAUAGGUUGCUAUGUUGUAACUAGUCUCUGAGGCACAGCCUUACUCUCGUGAGCAUUUGUGGUUGUGGUGGGCCCGAGUGGCUGUGCAGGGUCGGGUGGCUGGUGGAGAUGUACUACCGGACUCAUACCUAAACGCGCACUAAGUAAGUGUCAUGAACCAACCAUAUAUGGCAACCGGGUGGGGCGCAGUCCCAGGGCCAGGAGCCAAUGGUUGCCGCAAGAUGGCGGGAUCACUAAGUGUGACGAAACCACAG